GGGCACACGCAUCAGUUGGAGCUCAAUUGUUGAUCAGAUCACAUCCAACGGACUUGGGGAGCGGAAAAAAAAAAAGACAGAAAGAAAGAAAGAAAGCAAGAAAGAAAAGCUGAGAUUUAAGAAGAGCAGAACCAUUACUACUCCUGUUUCUCCGCAGUUUGACUUCACUGAUUUUUUUUUUUCUUUUUUUUCCCUUUUUUUAUUUUUUGGUCUUAUCGAACUUUUUGCAUAAAGAUCUGUGUAGGAAAUGUCUUUUUCCCAGCUGGGCUACCCUCAGUACCUGAGUGCCACCCAGGCGGUGUACGGAGGUGAUCGCCCCGGAGUGCUGGCUGCGUCUGGCCGGACUGCAAGCUCUGAAAUCGGGGGGAACCCGUCGGCGGCGGCCGCUGCGGUCACCUCCAUGCUGGGCAUGUACGCAAACCCGUACGCGGCGCACAACUACAGCGCCUUCCUGCCUUACACCAGCGCGGACCUGGCUCUCUUCUCCCAAAUGGGUUCCCAGUAUGAACUCAAAGACAGCCCUGGUGUUCAUCCAGCCAGUUUCGGUGCUCACACGUCCCCUGCCUUUUAUCCCUAUGGGCAGUUUCAGUACGGAGACCCUGCUAGACCCAAGAAUGCCACAAGGGAGAGCACCAGCACGCUUAAGGCCUGGCUUAAUGAACACAGGAAAAACCCAUAUCCCACGAAAGGGGAGAAGAUUAUGUUGGCCAUCAUAACAAAGAUGACUCUCACACAAGUCUCCACUUGGUUUGCCAAUGCCAGGAGGAGGCUCAAGAAGGAGAACAAGGUGACAUGGGGUGCAAGGAGCAAAGAAGAUGAAGACGGUAACAUCUUUGGCAGUGACAAUGAUGAAGGCGACCCUGAAAAGAAUGAGGAUGAGGAAGAAAUUGACCUGGAAAGCAUAGACAUUGAUAAAAUUGAUGAAAACGAUGGGGAUCAGAGCAACGAGGACGAGGAGGACAAAUCAGAGGGCAGAGACCGGGCUGACCUGGAGAGUAUGGAGAAAAGGCGGGCUUUGGCCUUGCAGGCACGCGAUGCCUUCGAUAAAGCAAAAGACACCAUUUCUGUUGGCAAAGAAUCAUCUGACAGCAACAGCACUAGAGUGCUUUCUCCUGACGGACAGGGUAGCUUCCAGCUGCCAGUGAGCAACAAACCCAAAAUAUGGUCCUUAGCCGAAACAGCCACGAGUCCCGACAGUUCCCAGAAACCUAUGUCGCCCUCCGUCCCCUCCAGUCACGCCUCACCCCAGAUCCAGCACCCGGCCUUCCUCUCCAGUCAUGGACUGUACACAUGUCAGAUAGGAAAGUUCCACAACUGGACAAAUGCAGGCGCUUUCCUGGGCCAAAAUUCCCUGCUGAAUGUGAGGUCCUUCCUGGGAGUCAAUCAACAUCACCACAGUCACCACCUUCACACUCAGCAGCAACAGCAGCAGCCCACCUCUGUGGUUGUGUCAUCCGUGGGGGCCCUCGGCAGUGACAAAGUCCCAGAGGAGCUCAGUCCCAAACAUAUAGAGCGGGAAAAUGUUCAAAGAGCCGAAUCUCCAACACAACCACUAAAGUCAUCAUUUCGGCCAGUCCAUGACAGUCCCAGGAAUCAGCAAGAAGCAACGCAGCGGGUUCUAACGGCUCUUUCUUCAGCCUGAUCAAGACGUUUAUUUUUUUUUUAUUUUUCGGGGGAAAAGGACUGAACGUACUAAUAAAAGGACAAUGAAAAAAAACACAAAAAAACAAUAAAUUUCUUCACUGUAGCAUUCAGUCGAUACAGAACAACUGAUGUAACUUGAUAUAAAAGAAAAGAAAAGAAAAGCAAGGAAAAAAAACCUGUGGAAGGAUAUCCCUUAUUGUUAUUGUACAUUAUCUCUCCCUGUGUUAGACGGUUUCUUUUCCCCUGGGACAUUUUGGUAUUUUUUGUCUUUCCUGUGUUUGUGCUAUUUUCUUUCUGUAAAUACAGUGACCUAAAAUU